AUGUUGGAAAUGUCUCUUUUCGUUUUGAUUUCGCUUACAGCUGAGUCCGUACUUGUUCAUAAUACGAUUCCCCUUCAGAUAACUUUCUGUUGUAGCCACUGCACAUACCGACACUAUCGCAACAAUAGUCCAACAACUGGCGUGCAAACGAAGAGGACGGGAAACAUGUGCGCGCUGUGACCUCAACCAAUUGCGGAGGAGGAGGUAGUAAAGUGUGACAUCAGUGCAGGGUAGUUUCAGGAACUGAAGAAACAGAGGGCGUGUGAUUUUUAGUAAUCAGACAAGCAGAAAGUCCCAGAGAGACGAGCUGACAGGAGCAAGGUCGGGCGGGAAAUAGCGUUGCUCAAUAGCACAUACUUUAUGGCUAGCGACUUGUGUGACUAAUAUGGUAUACAUGCAUUAUACUGCUGUAUGUUUUGAAAAACGGCAUCUGUCAACCGACAACUUCAUUUCCAACGUCAUAUUGUUUGCAGCGGGAGCAGUGGCUGCGGUUCUGAUACACCAUUCGUACUAACGCAGUGGAUGGCUGCCUUGCUUGCUUACCGGGUUCCUCGUCUGCGUGGAUAACAUGCCCACGGUGGACGGUAUUUUGUGUCAUCGUUAAGCAGUGUGACUAAUCGUAUACACCCAGGAUCGUUGACUCAUUGGAUUUUAUAAGCAAACUUUAUUUAUUUAUUUUUUUUCAAGAAAUGGCGAUAUAAACUGAAUAUAGGCUAUAGCCCUGCUGUCGUGGUGGUCGGAUUUACCCUUUUGAAAACGGAUUCAUCGUUUGCGUACAGUGAAAACUCAAAGGCUGAGUUUACUAUAUAAUGCAUUUGUGGAAAUACCCCUGAUAUGUGUUAAUCAGAUUCUGCUAGUCUGUGUUCAUGACGGGUAAGAUGGAAACCCCUUUUUAUCACGAUGACACACCAGAUCUUCCAAACUUUGAACAAAUUCCUCAAUAUGGCAGGUACCAAAACCACAAGAUGAUGACGAGCAAGAAAAAUAUGGCGGGGCAGAAUUUCCCUGGAGAGCCGUCCAGGCUGAAGCUGUUGCACGGAAGCAGUGACGGCGUGAACCCGAAUGACACGGCGAUCAGCGGCGGCGCUAACGCCUCCAUGAUGCCCCCCGCAGACAUUAACCUGCUGAAGCUUGCUUCCCCUGACCUGGAGCACCUGAUCAACCAGGGGCUGGUGACGACCAGUCCAGCACCCAGCUCCACGGGCAGCAACUUCAUGUACAGGAACCAGGUGACUAAUGAACAGGAGGGCUUCGCAGACGGCUUUGUGAAAGCCUUAGCCGACCUGCACAAACAGAACCAGCUCAUCGGGGGCCCCAGCUCCCCGCCCUCCUCGAUCCCGGGCCCGUAUCAGAGGGGCAUGAUGCCCGGUGGGGACAUGCCCGUCUACACUAACCUCAGCAGCUACGCCCCGGGCAGCAUCGCCGUGUCCUCGUCCUACACGGGCAGCCAGCUGUCCUACGCCGCCUCUGUCCACGGCCUGGGCCAGGGAGGGCUGGCGCACGGGCCCCACCCCCACAGCCGGGGCCUGGACGAGCCGCAGACCGUCCCCGAGGUGCCCCCCCCUCCGGGGGACCCUGCCGGCUCCCCCCCCUCGCUGUCCCCCAUCGACCUGGAGACGCAGGAGCGGAUCAAGGCGGAGAGGAAGAGGCUGAGGAACCGCAUCGCCGCCUCCAAGUGCCGCAAGCGGAAGCUGGAGAGGAUCUCGCGCCUGGAGGAGAAGGUGAAGGUGCUGAAGACGCAGAACGCCGACCUGGCCUCCACCGCCAGCAUCCUGCGGGAGCAGGUGGCACAGCUCAAGCAGAAAGUCAUGAACCACGUCACCAACGGCUGCCAGAUAGCGGUGAGCUCGGCCACGCUGGGGAAGAGCGGGGAGGGCACCAGCUGCUGAACUCCGCUGCUGAGGGUGUAUUUGGAAGUCGCCUUCUGAGUCAGAGACGUAAAGAAGCAGCAGAGUAAAUAAGGAUGAGGCUGAGAGGGCUGGGCCAGGUCUCGGCUCUUCCUGAACAGAAUGCAUCAGAUUCAUACUGCGAGUCUGUGACAUUUCAUCUCUUUUAAACAAGGGCACCAGGGAGAGGCUCUCGCAGAAUAAAAGCUACCUGCACUAUCCAGACUGCCACAAUUACUCAUCUACAGGGUCAGCCUGUGUACACACAUACGCACACACACAUGCACGCGUACACACACACACGCACACACAUGCACAUGUGUACACACACACACACAUGCAGACGCGUGCAUACACACACACAUGCACACGCGUGCACACACACACACACACACACAUGCACACGCGUGCACACACACACACACACUCACUGUGGCUGUGACUGUGACUAAGUCAGAGAGUGGAGCAGCUUUCAGACUGAGGCGUUCUCAGAGCUGUUAGUCAGAAGGUGCACUGGGUGGAGGUGGGCAGAAGUGGAGGACGGCUCUACAGGAUCCCUGCGGAUGGAUUCAGAUAUUAGAGGAUCUGUGGAGGAAUAAAAGGGAAUCCCAGCAUUUUCAAUAUUUCAUAUUCAGUCAGAACGGAGCUGUUUUUUAGGAUCUUAAGGAUACGAGCACAUCCUGAGCUCCGGAGCAUAACUGAGUGAAGAUGCAGCUGGGAGCUGCUGAAGCGCAGUAGGGGUGUACCGUUUAGCCGCUCAUUGUCUCAUACACAUGCUCCUUUACUUCAAGGCACUAACAAAGACACAAGUCAUGAGCACUUUAAUGUGAAAAUUUCCAGCUGUUUAUGGUAAGUGACGUAGGUUAGGCUGUCGCUUAAGUGGCCCUUUUAGCCAAGUGAAACUUAUUUAGGUGGUUUCAUCGACAACCUGUGGUCUGCAUUUCCCUAAGCUGUCUAAGUCGAUACCUUUCACUGUGUUGUUCAGUUGUGCUGAUUGAAGACUCCUUUAGUCUCCGCCAUCUAAUAUUGAGUAUUUUUCCUGUUGUACAAACAGGGGUGUGUUGGCAAAAUGAGGCAGCAUUUUGACCAUACAAUUUGAGGACUAUAUACGUACCUUGACUUUCUUUAUUUGGUAACUCAUCAAGGUGAUAUCAAAGUGCUUAAUCUGUGGAAAGUGAUUAAGUGUAAGGGAUCAAUGGUAUAAAAUACUUUGAUGUAAAGUACGCAUAUUAUUUUGACAGUGCUUAAACUACAUGCAGUUGUUGUUAAGCAAUUGUGGACUUAAUUCCUCUGCAUUCCAAGAUAAGUGUAAUUUAAGCGGAGUUCUGGCAUACAUGAAAGUUAUAUUUACAAAACAGUACAUUGAAAAAGCCGUUUGAUUGGUUCCUGGUUUGCACAGCCACAAGUUCUUUAUUUUCAAAAUGGUGUCAAGCUGUGUUUUUAGGAGACAUCUGUGUCUUUCUUUAACAUUCCGUGUCCAAUUGGCAUUCAGCGAGUAAAUAAUCAGCCAUGGAGAUGUGUUUUGUUGUCCGUUAUGAGUAAAUCUGUGUGUGUGUGUGUGUGUGUGUGUGUGUGUGUGUGUGUUGGGUGGGGGAUCGCAGCUUGCCUUCAUGCUGUCGCUCAGUUUGAAGUUGUCCAUGCCUGAAAUAUUUAAAAAGGGCUUUCGGUCAAUAGUGUUUUCUUCUUUUUGAGAUUAAGACAUUUAAUAGUUUAUUUAUGUUAAAUAUUUACUAUUUAUAUUUUUAUGUUAAUAAAAAUGUGUGUGAGGCAAGUGUAUGACACAUGCUUUAUUUUGGGAACUGUCAUAUUGCACUUAAAGGAAACAUUACAUAUUUUAUAUUUAUAGCUAUAUUAUUAUGCCAAGACAAUUCAUGUACAGUAUAAUGCUGAUCUGCUGAAAUUGUAUUUUUGAGAUUCCUGCAAAUAAAAUGUCAGGAUGGCUUUUUUUCUCAACAAAUACGAAGCCUACUCCUGCUGUUGUCAUCCAGGAAAAUGUUACGACAGUUUGCUCAUAAAUGUGUUGCAUCACAUUGGACAACAGUGAAAGUAUUGCUGUGUUCUACUGCUAUUGGUACAUACAGUGCUGUUGCAGUGUACAGUGACUUGUUUCAGAAAAAAUGACAUAUUUGGUACUUAAAUACCUUUGCUUAACCUUUGGUAUGGGUAUAUAGAUGAUGCUUUAUACAUGUGUAUUUAUACAGAUAUGAACAGUCACAGAUUUACUUGGGGAGUCCUCUACUGAUAUGAAAGCUGUCAAACAGAGUAAUAUUGAGUGUUGUUUAGAAGAUAUUUAUUUUUUGAAACUUGAAUAAGGCUUUAGUUGUUGACUCUAUUUUUAUACAAAAAAAGUUUUGCAUUUGGAGUGCUCAAUGAGGAUAGGACAUGAGAAAUGAGGUCUGGCCUGAAGUGUUCAUUCAGCUUUGGCCAUUCCAGAAUCCAUUAUUUAUUGAAGUUGUAUUCAAAAGGCAGUCCUUGUUUUUUAAACAUAUUUUAAACACUUUGCUUCUUUUAUAAUGGUGACAUAAUAAGCAGUUUCUGGCUGACUGACUUCAAAAUGGCCGACCAUUUUAGACAAAAUGUUGCUGUGAUGCAAUGUUGGAGAACAGAGGUUGUAAUAUCACAUACAGAGAACUUGGUGCCGAGUGAAAGAGGCUGGUGUUAUAUUCCUUCUUUAGCCAGUAUAGAAGUGUGAGUUGUUACUAGAAGGCUUUUAUACAUUUACCUUGUUUAAUCGUAAAUAUUGAAAUUAAAUGGAUUAAUCUGUAUGUUUGCCAAAAUAAACCCUUCCUGUUGCUGCACAGUCUGCAUUUCCAGAUCAUUUUAAAGUGGGUGGUUCAGAAUCUUCUUUGUUUGUGAAUCACAAACACUUUAGUGAGGUGAACAUAAGCACCAAAUGUUUUUAAUUUUUCAGCAUCACUUGGGUGUGGCUUAAUCCAAUCAGCAUUUUACUGCCUUUAAUUCUGUGAAUUCAGAACUGAGAGAGCUACUGUUCAUACAGAAAUGACUUAUGAAUUUUAUAAAAAAUGAUUAUAAAAUUUUAUGAAAGACUGCACUCAGGUUGCGAAGGGAAGAUUUGCGAGAAAUAACAAAGUCAUGUUGAAUUUGUCAGGAGAAUUGAAAGGUUUUCAGACUUGUAGGAAGUUUAAGCACUUUGUAACUUCCCCAUUUGUUGGUAUGUCGCACUUCAGUGACAUCAGCUGUUAUUUGAUUAGGUUUUGGUUAGUUAUACGAGUUAUGAAUGAGAAUGAGAGAAUUUUCAACUCGAUGGCGCUUAAUUUAAGGUGCAUUUUGACAGGAGGAGAUGCUCACUGUUGGGUCAUGUUCUUGUGGGUGAAUCUCAAAGCUAAAGAACACCUGCAUCUCGCCCCAAGCUCCCCACUGCAGUGGAGAUGAUGUAAAGGCUCAAGUGUGAGGAUUUGACACUGGUUCAUGCUACCAGGUUUAUUUAAUGUUUACAGGAAUUAAAGCUGUGUCUGCAAUUUUCAAACAAAGUGUAACAUUCAAGGUUUGACAAAGAUACGUAUUUUGAACAUUUAAGGUGUUGCACAAGGAUCCUUCACGGGUUAAUGUUAACAUUGUCGUUUAAAAGAAGCUUUAAAAUGGCAGGAGUGAGAGACAAAGCAGAGAGCUCCUGAACUGGGCAGGUUACAGGUAACUGGUACCUUAACACAGGUAACUGGUACCUUAACACAGGUUCAGUUCAUUGUUAACAUUUUAAGAGGACUGUUGUUUCAAUACAACCACGUGUCAACGGAGGAGUGAUUUUUGACUAAAAGGCGUCUUGCCUUGCUUUCUUUAACUGUUCCUUAUUCAUUGUUUGUUUUUUUAUUUUACUUUCGUGAGAAAUGUUUACUGUUUGUUUGGAAUUUUAAAAUGAAAAAUAAAAUAAUUAGGUUUCCAAAACCAA